GAACGGUUUAUCCACCAUUAUCAAGAAAUUUAUCUCAUAGAGGACCAUCAGUAGAUUUAUCUAUUUUUUCUUUACAUAUUGCUGGAAUUUCAUCUAUUAUAGCCUCAAUUAAUUUUAUUACUACUAUUAUUAAUAUAAAAAUUUAUAAAAUUGAAACUAUUUCUUUAUUUUCUUGAUCUAUAAUAUUAACAGCAAUUUUAUUAUUAUUAUCAUUACCAGUUUUAGCUGGAGCUAUUACAAUAUUAUUAUUUGAUCGAAAUUUAAAUACUUCAUUUUUUAAUCCUAUUGGUGGGGGUGAUCCAGUUUUAUAUCAACAUCUUUUUUGAUUUUUUGGACAUCCAGAAGUAUAUAUUUUAAUUUUACCUGGAUUUGGGUUAAUUUCUCAUAUAAUUAAUAAUGAAAGUAUAAAAAAAGAAGUAUUUGGAACUAUAGGCAUAAUUUAUGCAAUGAUUUCAAUUGGUUUAUUAGGGUUUAUUGUUUGAGCACAUCAUAUAUUUACUAUUGGUAUAGAUGUUGAUACUCGAGCUUAUUUUACUUCAGCAACUAUAAUUAUUGCAAUUCCUACUGGUAUUUCACUAUAGUUAAAUAGGCUUACCGAUGUGAAGAACUACGCCUAUUAAUAUUUUUUGGGAUGAAGUAUGUAUGAGUAUAUGGUCUCUAUGGUUUCUUUUUUUUUUUUAAGAUCUCGAUAUGUUAAAAUUGAUGAAUGAAUAUCUGACAUCUCUAUAUCUUAAUUAGUUAUAAUUGUUGUUAGAUUGUCGUUAUCGUUAUGAAUUUUGUCAGGAGAUGUAUUCGAUGGGAGAUCAAGCUAGAAAGCAGUGCUUAGCGCGAGAAGAUGCAGUUAUUAAUAUUGUAAUUUAGGUAAGGUGGUAUUAAAUAGAGUUUUUAAAAAUAAAUAAUAAAAAAAUUAAGUUUGCAUUUGUUAGUUACAAAUUUAUUGUUAGCAGGAUACCGUUACAUUCACCACGAAUAAAUUACUGUGUUUUUUGGAAAACCAUUUGUACAAGUUGUAUACACGAUUGCGCAAGUGUGACCACCGUUUUUCCUAAAGUUUUAUACUUUACUUUUCUUUUUCAUUUAAACGAGGUGGCGCAGGCGCACAAAACGUUCUUCUGAAUUACGCAUUUAUUGUUAAUCAUUCAACAAUCGGCAGUUAACAACACAGUAAUACUCGUAACUUAGCUAAAGAUAUUACUCAAACUACCGGUGAUUUAGUUUUUCUUUCUAUUACAAAAAUGCCUGUCGACAUUCCCGGAUUUGCAUAUGCCGCUGCUGUUGCAGCCGGUGGAAUUAUGGGUUAUGUUAAAUCUCAUUCCAUUCCAUCACUGGGAGCCGGACUUUUAUUUGGAUCUAUCUUAGGAUACGGAGCAUUUCUAUCAUCACAAAAUGAACAGAAUUACGGCGUAAUUUUAGGUAGUAGUGCAGCACUUGGAGGAUUAAUGGGAUAUAGAUUCUAUAAUACAGGCAAAGUCAUGCCUGCUGGACUGAUUGCAACAGUCAGUGCUAUAAUGGUGAUUAGAUAUUCAAUGCGAAUGUUCUCAUCAGCUUCAUCAGUCAAAAUGCAAUAGCUUUGAGUCAUGUGAAUAUAUUAAUAUUUUAAAUACUUUGCAUUUAUCUUAUUAACAUUAUGAUCAUAAUUAUAAAUGGGUGAUAUGUAGGGUUUAACAUUAGUAUUUUUUAUAAUAAAUUUA